CCCUGGUCUUCAUCAAAACUUCAUAUGGAGGCUUUGGCAAUCCCAGCAAAGCUCUGCUUCAUCUUCAGCAACAACAAGGAAGUCCCUACCAAUGCCUUGGAGGCACUUUCUCGAGUUAUACUCGCCCCACUGGGAUAUAUCAGUCUCAGGAUUGUGGGGAUAAAAUGGCUUAUCUUCUAUAUCAGUCUGGAUCUAAAUGGAAAUGCAUCCCUAAACCUAAACCCCUCCCUCCAUCCCCAGAUGGCGGACUCCCCCCAUGUCCUUGCCACACUUUUAAAGAAUCCAUGCAUUCCUCCUGUUAUCAACAAUACCAAGAAUGCUCCCAAGGGGAUAAAAUAUAGUAUACUGCCACCCUCCUCAAAGAGCAGUCAGCUAGCCUUGGAGGCGAUUGAUUGGUCUAAUAACCCCCAAGUCCUUGGAUCAACCAAUAAGCUCAUGACCGCCGGAUGUUCUGGAGAGGUUGGACAAAAAGUUUAUUGGCGUCGCUCUCCCUCUGUUUACAUCACAGAUGGGGAUGGCCCCCAAGAUCAGGCCAAACGAAAAUAUGUUAAAGCUCGUAUUGAUCAAAUCAUUGAGGCACAAGUCCCUUCUCUUAGAUAUCAUCCUUUAGCCAAUCUUCAUUCCCGUACAAAGGAUGCAUUGGAUGGGGCCACCCUUGAUAUUUUGAUUCAGAUCCACCAGCUUCUAAAUAUCACCAACCCCUCAUUAGUUCAGGAUUGUUGGCUCUGCCUUAAACAGGGCCCAUUCGUUCCCUUGGCAAUCCCCCUGUCUAAUAUUAGUUUUGAUUUUGAUAUAGCUAAUUGCUCUAUUUUUUUCCCCUAUUCUAAUAGUUUUGGAAUCCCUCUUCCUUACAAUUUUAUCCCCCAAUGUAUUUAUAGUAUGCCCUUCAAUGAUAGUUUUGAUAUAGAUGUGGGAUUGAUUACCUUUGUCAAGUAUUGUUAUUGUCAAAAUAUUGUUGAUCGCACAGCCCUAUGUUCCGGAAACUCCUUUGUAUUUGUUUGUGGAAAUUCUUAUGCAUAUUCCUUUUUACCUCAAAACUGGACAGGUACAUGUUUAAGCGCUACUGUUUUACCUAAUAUUAAUAUUAUCUCAGGAGAUACCCCUGUCCCAAUUCCCACCUUUGAUUUUAUAGCUGGAAGACCCAAACGGGCUGUACAGCUCAUUCCCUUAAUGAUUGGUCUAGGAAUUUCUACGGCCAUUGGCACUGGGACCGCCGGCCUAGGUGUCUCCUUGCACAAAUAUGCCAAAUUGUCUCAAUAAUUGAUUGAUGGUGUUCAAACCUUGUCUGAUACUACGCAAUAUCUGCAAGAUCAAAUUGAUUCCCUUGCAGAGGUUGUCCUUCAAAAUAGAAGAGGUUUAGAUAUGCUCACUGCCGAACAAGGAGAAAUCUGUCUUGCCCUCCAAGAACAAUGCUGUUUUUAUGCAAAUAAGUCUGGCAUUGUUAGGGAUGAGAUCAAAACCUUACAGGAAGAUGUAGAAAAACGCAGAAGGGAAUUAUGCGAAAACCCCCUCUGGACUGGGCUCAAUGGGUUUCUACCUUAUCUCCUCCCUUUAUUGGGGCCCCUAUUAGGGCUCCUGAUAUUAUUAACCAUCGGGCCUCUAAUAGUUAAGAGGCUUACGGCCUUUAUUAAACAACAGAUAGAUACCAUGCAAGCCAAAGCCAUUCAAAUCCAUUACCAUCGUCUUGAUCUGGCCGAUCAGGAGGAAAAUUACUUGCAAAUCCGAAUGUCUAUGGAGACUAGAGGAUAAGCCUGACGUCUGAGAGGUUCAAAAAGAGAAUAUUGCCAAGUCCUUACAGUCACAGUUACUGGAGAGCCUUGGAAUGUCCCUGAACUUUUCUAGAGGCUUCUCCUCUCUUGCUACAGUUGACCCCAAUGACGGGUAAGACAGUCAAUGCCUGACUGAUCAACCUAAGACAGGGGCUUCUGUCAAGAUGUCAAGGCCAUCUUUUCCUCUAUCAACAACCUGCUUCUCUGACACCCCUCGCCUCCCCUCAUUGACUUGCAUGGUAUAUAUCCCUUCCUCAAUU